GAGUUGGAGCUUGGUGUUAAGCUGGUCGGUCUGGCACGGGCUGGUUGGUCGGUUUGUUGAGGGGUAGCCAUGGCUCGACUCGCUGUGCUACUGCUGUUACCGGUUCUUAUUGAAUCAGUAUCUUCCAUUUCUUUCUUUUUACCCGUCAAUACAAGAAAGUGUUUACGAGAGGAGAUCCACAAAGACGUCCUGGUCACGGGAGAAUAUGAAAUUAGCGAACAGGCGAACACGAAAACAAAUCUGAAGGUGAGCACAGACCUGCGGCUAUCUGUCACUCUGUUUUCAGGCCGAAAAGACGCAUGAUAGUUGCCUGUAUGUCCAACUACAUGUGCGGUAUCGAGUCAGAUACACACGCAAGAGGAGGGAUGGUGUUGUACGGCUGAAAUUGAAGCUAGCUGUUGUUAGUUAGUGCCGCAGCUAGCUUAGGCCUCUGAAAGUGCUCUUCCUGGUUCCAGUGGCUAAUUAGCAUGCUAACACCAGUGAUCCCUUCUAGCGUUUUUUUAACGUUCUGCGUCAAAAAGGAACCACUUCUACAUCAAUAGUCUGCAUUGUAUUACUGAUGUCAGCCAACAGUCCAACAAUUAUAGUGCUCUGUAUUAGAUGUAAUAAUCUCAUGUGCGAGAUAUCGGCUCUGCUCUGCUGCUGUUACACGUCAGUCUUACCGUCCAUUAGCACAUUAGCCAAUUACACGUCAAACUACAGCUGAACGUGCUGACAGCUUAUAAAAUGCGGUUUGGUUAUAAUUUCCACGUAGCAAAAAAUGCUCUGCUCCAUCUUUUCGUUCUUGACUGACAGUGGCCUAAUUAUAAUGUUCUUCUAUUCUUACAAAUUAGUCUCCAUUUCGUAACAGCUGCCAAGGAGAGACCGGUAAUUGAUUCAUAGUAAUACAGAGCUCAUUAAAAAGGCUCGGUGAUUUGAGCUAUUGGGCUUGAUGUUGUCUGGUAAUAUAAGUUAUUGGCCAAGAUUAAGUCAGUCUUAAUUUAUGUGUCACCACAUCACUACAAACGCCACCAACACGCUUUACAAGAAGCGCAGGUCUAAACUCUACCAUGUUUUUAUUAUUUACAAAGAUCCAAUAUCAAGAUUCAGUCCUAUCUUACCGGCUAACUCUCAGUCCAAUUUUUAUUUUGAUCUACCAUAAGUAGAACAGUUUGCAGUCAAGGUAGGGCUCGGCGAUAAAAUGAUUAUAAUACAUAUCAAAAAUUAAUUUCCCUCUAUCAAUGUUAAACAUGGUCAAUAUCCUUUUCCAUAGUCAGCAUUCUGCCAUGUUUUGGUAGACUAUACGAAUAGCCAAUGAAAAAAGAGUUGCUCCGGGUCCGCUUUGUGCUGAACCAUUCAUGUGCUGAAUUAGAACCAAGUACCAAACAACAGCUGGUAGCAGGCUGCAGCUACAUGCAACCGUUACACCUUAACACGUGACAGGUGAGAAAAGAAGAAAAUGAGUGCUACCCCCAGCAGAAAUGCAGAUGAAGGCUCAACAGAUGACGACAUUGCACAUGAAGCAAAGUAAUGAGCGCUACAAAUUUUGUCAAGUACAUGCUUUCGCAUAGUCAGGGAAUACCUCAAAUCUUUUUCACCACCUGAAGCAGUGUCAUGCGGCAAAUCACGCACAAUGCAAAAGGUUACAAACCAAGAGCGGAGCAAGGAGCCCAUGGCGCCUGUGCAGCCGAAACAGUCGACCAUUCAGUUUACUUUCUCUAGUGCAACGCCUUAUGAAAAAAAGUCGAAGAGACACAAAGACCUCACAGAUGCAGUAGCUUAUUGUGUUGCAAAAGACAUGCUGCCAAUAAGCACUGUAAAAUUUCAUUUUUUACUUUGACUGAUAUGAGAAAAAUGUAUUGUGAUAAACUUUUUCCCAUAUCGCCGAGCCCUAGGUCAAGGAAAACCUAUUAAAUAGGGCAAACCAGACUUAUGUUGAACAGCCAUCUGCCUUGAUCAUGUUGGGAUUGUUUUAUUAUCAAAAUAUUUAAAGUCAAAUUAUAUCCCUCUUGCUUAACAGGACUUGUUUACUCUUCCCACUGAAAUCUUAAAUGUUCUGAUUUUAUGUAGCAAACUUUGAUUUAUCAUCAAUAUUCACAUUUGAGAUUCUCCACCCAGAGAUGAUAUUUAGUAAAAGGCUUGGUUUUCCUAUUGUUCCAGUUGUGAUAGACUUCUCAUUCUUAUCUUUAACUUUACAGAUCACAGAUUCCUCCAGCCACACUCUUUACUCCAAGGAAGAUGCAACAAAAGGAAAGUUUGCAUUCACCACAGAAGACUAUGACAUGUUUGAGGUGUGCUUCGAGAGCAAAUCACCCAUGGGUAAGUCGCACAAUCAGGCAAAAUGGGCUUUUAAUUGUUUUACUUGAAAGCACACUCAUGAUUUAUUAUCACAACAAAAAAAAUGUUAGGAAUUCUGAACAUUUUGUCCCAGAAGUACUACCUGUAAAUAGAUGAAAUUAUUACUUCAUUGUCUUUAUACGAAUACAGAGGGAAAAUUGAAGUUGCGUGUCAUGCAAAAUAAAAUUUGCACAGGCAUAGUGUAAAAAAAGGUGAAGAAGUUCAAAAUGAGUGAGAGGAAACUCUCCGUUAGUUAUACUCAAGCUAAAAAAUUAUACAAGUUGUGCAUCAGUUGCAGUUGGCAAGUUUAAGGUUUUGUUUUCACUUGAACUCGAGCAGGUUUGCACAGCACAAUGAACAGUAGUCAUCAUUUCAUGAAAAGUGCUUUAUUAAUAAAUUCUGAUUGAUUGUCUAAUUUACUUCAUUUGAUCCCAUAUGAUGCUAAAAAUUCUGCUUAUUUCAAUUAGGGACCGGAAGGGUGCCUGAUCAGCUGGUCAACCUUGACAUGAAGCAUGGUGUUGAGGCCAAAAACUAUGAAGAGGUAAAAGGCGUCUAAAGUGUUGCAUUGAUUUGAUUUCUAUACUUUAGGUAGGAUAAACAAAAAAGGUUGAUAUGCUAUUUAACUGCUUGUCAGAACAGGGGGUGGGGUUAGGGAUUAGACUGAGAGUGAGAGAGGGAUGGCCUUGUUGACAUGAAAAACUUGUCGGUUACCUCUGCUGUUAACAGACAUUUCAUAGUUUCCUUUGUCAGAUCUUGUUCAUGGCUUCAGUUUGUCACAGUAUUUACUGAAGUGGUCGGGGUCUUUGCCACCACAUCCACAAAAAUUCUCCAUAAAAGGGACAUAUCCUUGUGCAUCAUCGCUUUACGCAGAUUUUCCUCCAAGAGUCAGGAUAACACUUGGUGUUGCAGGUGCCUGAGGCAACACUUUAAAAUAAGAUGUGAUACAUCUCUGUGAGCUGAGAAUCACCCUCCCUCCCACACGCCUCAUGAACAUGACGUCCUGUUCUGCAGAGUGUGCAGGCGGGUGUUCAGGGAGAGCUAGGUGGGCAUGCCUGUCUGCAGGCAGGUGGGUGGAGUUUUAUUUACAUAUUUAUGAAUGUCUAUAAAGGGGAUGGUUACUGCUGUGAACACCAGUGAUGUUUUAAAGGUCCCUGCUCUGUACACAGUGCAUGAAAAUCUGUUAUUUGGCAGAUGUACUUACAGAGGUGUUUUCUUGGCUCUGCACCUAUUAAAUGUGGUACAUACAGAGUUCCUAGCAGAUUUGACCUUACAGGCUUCUCAAGGAAAUGUCCCAGCUGUGCAGGCCAAAAACUCUGAAAAUAAAAAAACAUCUGUCUAAGAUGAGAGGCGUGUGCUUCAUACUCUGAAAAUGGCAUGAAAACAUUACUGGUAGCACUUAAUCUUACACUGUAUUAAUAUCUAAUGUCGAGGGCAUACAUCUUUGUGGCUGAACACCAUGUUGCUAAGAUAAGAGAAUUUCAUCAUUUCAACAAACAGCACCAGUUUCAAAAGUUAAAGACACACUUGAGGCAGUCCAGCUGUUCACUUCCCACCAGAGUUCAAAUAGCUCUCCCACCACCAGUCAGUGAACAGGUGUAUGGUGAACAACUGAAGAAUGAGCAGUCAUAGCUGAAGGGGGACACCUACUGGACCAAUUUUAUGAUGACACCCAGCGUCUUAUGAAACGGAAGUUUUCAAAGCACCCUCACUUCCCGAAGAUCACUUCUUGAGUAGCUCUGGUUUGUUUCCUCCAGAUCGCUAAGGUUGAGAAGCUGAAACCCCUGGAGGUGGAGCUGAGGCGGCUGGAGGACCUCUCAGAGUCCAUUGUGAACGACUUUGCUUACAUGAAGAAGAGAGAGGAGGAGAUGCGGGACACCAACGGUGAGAAAAGGAAGCUUUAAGCAAGUUUGCCAAAAUAACAUGAGCUCCAACCCAAGGUGGAAGACCAGACUUAGUUUAAGUUAUUAGAUGCAAAAAAGAGGGGAUGUGAGAUUGUGAACAACAGCUCUUUUGACAAAGAUGACUCCUGCAGCAUAAUUUUUGAGAUUAGCAGAGUAAAGACAGACUGGAAAGAAAAAGCAUAACAAACAGCUAAAUAAGAGACCUCUAACUUAGUCAUUGGUCAAAACAUGGUAAAUGUUUGGUCUGAGCCAAAAAUGAGCAGGUUCUGGUCACACACACAAGGACUUCUUAACAAACUGAUGUGACUUAACAUGUUGCACAAGAUCAGUUACGAGUGCGAUGUCUGCUCUGCCAUUUGAAAUCCAAGGUUUUAAUGCCCAUAGAAAAUAGGAAUGAGGUUGUCUUUAUUGAAUUUUAUUAAUUACAUGAACAAUAAGUCACUAACCACCUUCCCUCCCUCUCUGCAGAGUCCACCAACACACGGGUGCUGUACUUCAGCAUAUUUUCCAUGUGCUGUCUCAUCGGCCUGGCUACAUGGCAGGUCUUCUACUUGCGGCGGUUCUUCAAGGCGAAGAAGCUCAUCGAGUAGAGGGACUUGUAGCUCCUGUACCUCAGGAGGGGGGAAGCUGCCUGCCAGCCAGCCAACACAUCCCAACAUCCACCUUCCUUGGACUAGCUUCAGCAAACAGCAAGUGGGGUUAAGGGGCUCAAGUUCUACUUUUUCCGGCUGUGAGAGAAAGAGUACCCGGGUUGUCCUCUGAGAAUAAAAAAAAUGAUUCACCUGCUUAUGAAGUUUUCUGAAACAUGAAAAGCGCUGUAGGGAGAAAUGCACUGUGAGUCAUGAGAGACAUGUUCGUCUCUCUCCAUGGUACCUCUCAUUUCUGUCUGCAUUGUUUUGAAUGUUGCAGCAAACUGAAUGAGAACUUGUUCCUUCAAUCAGUUGAACAGUGAUGUUUGAUUUCGAGCUUGGAUGUGCCAUGAGCGAAUGUCUUUUGCCCCUGUGUUGAUGUACACAUUCUUUGCCACACCAAGCAAACUAGAUCCUUGGUGCCCUUUUUAUCAAGUGAAGGCUAUUUGAAAAAAGUGGUUUGUUGUUACUUUGAUGAGAAAAUUGGCAACCACUGAACUUCUGUUUUUGUCACUUAAUUUGCAUACAUGUUUGGUAGCUAAAUUUAACCGUGUCUUUAGUUUGUUUUCAUAUUGUAAAUGCUACUUAGUUGCUUAAAUUGGUUUAUUUUUGUGGUGGGGGAGUUGUGAGCUUCAGAGUAAUAUUCUCUUAGUUAUUAUAAAAAGGUCACCUCUAUAAGCUCUUGCACAUUCUAGUUUUGUUUAUGAAACACCUGAACAUUAAUUUAUCAUUCAUCAAAUAGCCAGAAACCAAAAGCUUGGUCUUUAUACUCACACAAGUUGCUCUUCUCGUGAUGCAAUUGAUGGAGGUUUUUACAGCAAACUUGAAGUGUGUUCUCCUGAUAUUCUCAGCAACCUCCUUUCAGUCAUUUGCCCCUUUAUCUUUACACACUGGUAAAUUUAGUUAUUUCUUUGUAAUUUUCAAAAUAUUACACAUUCUCCACUUCCAUCCAGCUUACUUUAUUUGUUUUGUUGUUUUUUUUUCUUUUUUUCAAAAAUCCAUUUGAGGCUUGGGUUACAGGAGUGUGUGGGUUUGUUUUUGCAAGGGAUUAAUCAAGGCAUCUGUCAUGGAUACAUUUUUAACAAUGGACGUGCACAUUGUGCAUUAUCAAUUUUUAUGUUGACUGAUAAAUUUUGUAAAUUUGUGUUGGGCUUUUAUUCAAUAAAAUAUUGGAUGGAUUUACAUUAUUUA